GCGGUCAUCUAGUUAUUAACGUAGAUUGCAUCUGAAAAGUUUCGACGAAUACACUAGUUGACUGCGUAGCAUUUGUCAAACGUGACGAACUUCUACUUCGCUGUCUUCUGUGGCUGUGCAAUAUCCGACUGAAACUCUGAGAGAGAGAUGCAGAACAGCUGUUUGAGUAAUGGUGGGUGGACAGUUACAAGAAGAGUCCAAGUAAAGCUUGAUACCAAAACAUUUUCAUCUUCUUCUCCAUCCAAUUUGAUCACCAAAUGUUCUUCAUUUCCUAAAGCAUUACCCAUUACAACCCCCCUUUUUCUUUCCACUUCUUUAAUAAAAUUAAUCCCAACAAUUCCAAUCGCUAGUACGAGAAACCCAAAUUCGUUAUCAUCAAUCGUUUCGCCUCAGUCAUCCAACUCGGCCAUUACCACCACCAGUGAAGAUGGAGAAAAUCAUUCUGGUAACUUUCGAAGAUGGAUUGAAUUGGUGGGUGAAGUAUUAUCCACAGCAUUUCCUAUUUGGGUUGCAUUGGCCUGUGUCCUUGGCCUCCUGAAACCAAAUUCCUUCAAUUGGGUUCAGCCUAAAUUGACACUAGUAGGAAUUACUGUCAUUAUGCUUGGAAUGGGUAUGACCUUGACUAUUGGUGAUCUUCGCGGAGCUCUUGCAAUGCCCAAAGAACUGCUCUGUGGCUUUUUCCUUCAGUACUCAGUAAUGCCAUUAUCAGGUUUCUUUGUGAGCAAGCUCUUAGGUUUACCUUCUUAUUAUGCAGCUGGUCUGAUACUGGUAGCUUGCUGCCCUGGAGGAACUGCAAGUAACAUUGUAACGUACAUAGCUCGAGGAAAUGUGGCUCUCUCGGUCUUGAUGACAGCAUUGAGCACCGUGUCUGCUGUGGUAAUGACCCCUUUGCUGACCGCAAAACUUGCUGGGCAAUAUGUUGCAGUGGAUGCAGCUGGACUACUUAUCUCAACUUUGCAGGUUGUGCUUCUUCCUGUACUGGUUGGUGCUCUUUUGAAUCAGUUUUGCCGAAGUUUUGUUGAGAUGGUUUCUCCAUUGAUGCCACCAGUUGCGGUCUUAACCGUAGCUGCUUUAUGUGGUAGUGCAAUAGCCCAAAAUGCUUCUGCAAUUCUUACGUCUGGUCGACAAUUGGUACUUGCGAGCUGUCUCCUUCACGGGCUUGGAUAUACACUUGGCUACCUACUUUCAAGGAUGCUUAAACUUGACGAGUCAUCCUCUCGCACUAUCUCCAUCGAGGUUGGGAUGCAGAACUCAGCACUUGGAUUAGUUCUUGCCGGUCAGCAUUUUGGAAAUCCACUGACGGCUGUACCAUGUGCAGUAUCUAGUGUAUUCCAAUCACUUUUUGGUAGUUUACUAGCAGGAAUCUGGAGAUACUCUUCCAGCACCACCACACCAACAACAAAUGACAGAAACAGCGACAAUGACAAUUCCUUACCAGGAAUAAUCUCUUGACAAGAUUUUGAGUUAUUCAAAGCUGCCAUUAUCUGCUCUGAGUAUCUUUUAUCAAUAGGCUUUGAAUUGGGGAUUCCAAGAACCAUUUUGCUUGCUUCUGUAUAGUUGGUUGUCAGUACGGUUGGUUGCAAGUUUCACUGGCUUCAAUCACAUGAAUUCAUUCAAUGGUGCUGCUAUUUUUUCGAGAAAAAAAUCAAUGUGCUAAGGAACCCAUAUACUUGUUUCUAAGUUUUGUUGUUAAUGUAAGAGCGUGUAAAUAAACUGUUUGCAGUGGUUUCAAAUAGAGUUUUGUUUGACGGAGAGCAAAACCAGAACAGAAAUGAGCAACAAUCAUAGUCUAUCUAUUGAUCAUGACGGAUUUUUAAAUACUUAGGUG